UAUGACUGCCGUACCGGUCAGUGAGCGACAAUGAAACUGGCCCUCUCCCUCUUCCUGCUGUCAGGCAGUCUUGCCCAGUACUCCAACCCGGGCGCCUGCUCCGGCGACUGCUGGGGCCAUGACCCGGGCUUCUACCAGCGCGUCUCAGACGGCCGGUAUUACCGCUUCUCGACCGGCGGCGGCAUCCAGAUCCAUGCGUCCGAUAACCUCGAGGGGCCCUGGGAGGCUGUGGGGGAGGCUUUGCCGGGGGGAUCGGUUGUCGAUCAUGCUGGGAGCACCAAUUUAUGGGCCCCAGACAUCCACUAUGAAGCCUCCACAAAUCUCUACUACAUGUACUAUUCCGUCUCAACGCUUGGCUCCCGCGACAGUGUCAUUGGCGUCGCAACCAGCCCAAACCUGCAGCCUAACUGGACCGACCACGGCGCCCUCUUCAGAUCCCAAGCUGGCGGAAACUACAACGCCAUCGACGCCAACUGGGCGUCGAUCGGCGGCUCGCCAAUCCUCACAUUCGGCUCGUACUGGAACGGCAUCCACCAGCUCCCGCUCGCAGGCCCGCUGAGCCUUGCGGACGGGGCGACCCCGACCCAGAUCGCAUAUAAUAGCUCGGGCAACCAUGCGAUCGAGGCGGGCUUUGUGUUUUAUAGACGGGGUUGGUACUAUUUGACCUUCUCGAGUGGGCGGGCAGGCAGCUACGAUACGAAUCCGCCGGCGACGGGCGAGGAGUAUCGUAUUGUCGUCUGUCGGAGUGCGAGUGGCACCGGUGAUUUUGUCGACAAGAGCGGCCGUUCCUGCCUGACCGACAACGGAGGCACGACAAUCCUCGCUUCGCACGGCAACGUAUACGGACCCGGCGGCCAGGGCGUCUUCGAAGACAGGACCCGCGGCUGGGUGCUGUACUACCACUAUGCGAAUCCCGACAUUGGCCUCUCGACGGGCCAGUACCAGUUCGGGUGGAACGUGCUGCAGUGGGCGGACGGGUGGCCGAGUGUCUAACGGCCGUUCUUUAUCACCCUAUUGAGGUAUAUUUGGCUUGAGGGGGCUGGUAUGGUUAUGCAAAUAUCUAUUUUGUUUCUGCUUAUAUCCGGGAUGGACAGAACUGCGUGAGUGAGUGAGGUUUUGAUACCCGUACCCACCUACCUAUAUUGUUCAUACUACAAACCCGAGUACAUAUUGUACUUAUCUGUACUGCUGUUGAUAUUUCGUUGCAUUGCAUCGCAUCACUCGUGUACAUAGUUAAGAGCCCCCUCAAUGCCGCUGCUCUCUGAAGUAAUGGCUAGGCCGUAUUCCAGGGACGGGCAGUCGUCCGUCAAAUAUUGGCUUUAAUGAACCGGCUCAGCGAGUUCGGCACCGCGUGG